AUGCUGUGGCAAGGCUGCAAAACUAAUCAAAUCACGAUUACGAGUCUGUUAACUGCUUGUACUUCUUUGGAGCUUUGGAAUGGAGGAAAGGAGAUUCAUGCUUAUAUUGUCAGACAUCGGUUUUUAGAGGAUUUGACUACUUGUACGGCUUUAAUUUUGAUAUACGCCAAGAGUGGAGACCUCGAAAUAUCGAACCGGAUUUUUCGUAUGAUGACAGUAAAAGAUACAAUUGCAUGGAACACGAUUAUUAUUGCAAACACGAUGCACGGAAAGGGAAAGAAGACUUUAUCUCUUUUUAACGAGAUGGUGGGCUCGGGUGUGAAGCCGAAUUCUGUUACAUUCACGGGCGUUUUAUCCGGUUGUAGCCACUCGCAAAUGGUUGACAAGGGGCUCUCGAUUUUUCAUUCGAUGGAAAACGAUCAUAAAGUGAAACCCGAUGCAGAGCAUUAUUCCUGUAUGGUCGAUGUUCUUGGCCGUGGGGGCCGUUUGGCAGAGGCUUAUGAUUUUAUUCAGCAGAUGCCUAUGGAGCCGAGCGCGGCUGCAUGGGGGGCUUUGCUUGGGGCGUGUCGGGUGCACAAGAACGUGGAUUUAGGUCGAAUUGCGGCAAAUCGGCUGUUCGAGAUCGAGCCUGAAAAUCCGGGGAAUUAUGUUUUGCUCUCUAACAUUCUUGUUGGGGCCAAGCUGUGGGAAGAAGCCUCGUACGCUAGGAAAUUGAUGAGAGACAGAGGGAUUAGGAAAAUACCCGGUUGCAGUUGGGUCCGGGUGAAGAAUAGAGUGUUUACGUUUGUUGUUGGUGAUAAAAUUAAUGAAAUGAGUGACGAAAUGUAUGAGUUUUUGGAUGAUGUGCGAGCGAAGAUGAAAUUAGACGGAUAUUACCCUAAUACGGAAUUUGUUCUGCAAGAUUUGGAUGGGGAGGAGCAAGAGGACAGCCUUUGUAAUCAUAGUGAGAAGUUGGCUGUAGCUUUUGGGGUUCUAAAUUUGAGAGGCGAGUCGUGUAUUAGGGUUUUCAAGAACUUGAGGAUAUGCGGUGAUUGCCACAACACGAUUAAGUUUGUGGCAAAAUACGUAGGCGUGAAGAUCGUUGUUAGAGAUUCUUUGAGGUUCCACCAUUUUGCAGAUGGGUCAUGUUCUUGUGGAGAUUUUUGGUGA